ACUUAGCUAAAGAGUUGCAACAAUCUCGAAUGUGAAUUGUUUUUGUGUGCUCUCGCUUGUGUCAAAAGGGCCUAUAUCGUUGUUUUGUGAUCAACAAGGACACCCGAAGGCUGACACGUGUUUGUGCACGUGAUCAAGCGCCUGGAUGAAGGAAUGCAGAUCUUCACGGCUGCCAGGCUCAUGCUGACAUGGUUCGGCUUCCUGCUAGUACGUCCGGGUAGCUGCACGCCAAUUAAUGUGGGAGUAUUACAAACGGCGUUCUCGACUUGGACAAAUAUCGUGAAAAUGUACGGAAAUCGGAACGGAACCACGUCGAUGAUUAAGUCCAUUCCCCUCAAUGACAGUGAGCAUACGACGCUAAACGAUCUUGAAAUUGUUCUGGGUGACGUUAGCUCAAAAAACGUCGUCUCAAUCCUCGGAUCUUAUAGCAAGAUAUACGCAACGGUCUGUGAGCACCUGCGCAUUCCAUAUUUUAUCACCAGUCCGGUUCCUCUUACGGCACUCCCGUCUCCGUUCCACGUGAGGAUGAUACCGGAUAUACGAAUGUACACGCUUGCGAUACGGGACCUGUUUCAACAUUAUGGGUGGAAGUCAGCUGGUCUCGUCUACAAUACCGCGCAUGGAUCUGCUAUAGCCGCUCUGAUGAUGGAGCAUAUCCACGGGCGCCGGGACAUAUAUGACAUCCGGACAUACGAUUUCAGACACAAUGCAUCCGCCGAUGUGAUACGGUGGGCCCUUAAGGACCUUAGACGAAAACUAGUUACCAAUUUCCUAGUCUUAUGCUCACCCAAUGUUACCGAAGUAGUUUUAACUCAGGCGUUGUACCUAAGUUUACUCUCCCGUCCGAACGGUUGGCUAGUUAUAAAUUUGGGCUCAGGAGACAUAGCGCUGUCCCAGUUCAUAGAUUCUAGGGCCAACCUCACUCUUGUUCGCCUUAUGGUUGAUCCACAAUCACCUGACUGUGCCUUAUCCGACAGUGACGUGAGCCUUACUAAUGCCGUCUUUUAUGACGUCUUCAACAUCAUCAACGGGACGCGAAUUACAGACAUGAACAAUACCCGUAUAUCACGGUUUGACAUACGCCAACAAGUCAAAACGACAGACAACAUCGGAUGUACCGGUGUCCUUCACAUGACGAAGGAGGGUAAACGCAACGAGACCUAUUUGCAAAUGAUUGCUCUCGACGGCCUUGUGGAAGGAGCCGGUUUCAAUGCACUUUGGGAAACCAAGUCUCGUUGGGAGGAUGAUUUUAGGCCAUGGCUUAUAAAACUGUCGGGUACAUGGCACAGUCAGGGUGCGAGUCAAUCAGAUCGGGUAAAACCGUCCCAGACGUAUAGUGCAUUAUUGACCAAGAAUAACGACAUAUUCGCGGACAAGAUUCUGCGAGUUACCACAUUGAUUGAACCGCCAUUUAUACAAUGGAAAAACAAAACCCCCGAGGAAGGCGAACGAAUGGGAAAUGAGAAGUUCGAAGGAUUUUGCAUCGAUAUACUGGAAGAGAUAGCAAAAAUGCUAAAAUUCCGAUACAAUAUUUCCCAGGUUCCAGACGGGAAAUUCGGCAGUUGGAAACCCCCACCCCGGGGCUGGACCGGUAUAAUCAGACAGCUGCUAGAUAAUGAGGCAGACAUAGGCCUUGCGCCUUUCAGCAUUACACCAGAGAGAAGCGAAGUGGUUGAUUUUACCAAACCAUUCAUGACCAAAGGCACCAGUGUGGUCGUGCGCAAGCCUGAACGUAGUGUUUGGCCGUUCCAGUUCCUGUCACCGCUAUCCAAACUCGUAUGGAUUGCGAUAUUCGUUUCAUUUCUUUUUAUUGGAAUGUUUUUAUUUGGUGUAACUCGAAUCACCAACGAGGAGAAAAUAAAUCCUAUGAUAGAUCUUAGAGACAGCAUUUGGUACGUGUGGGGAACCUUACUAAGAGCAGAUCUUACCGGGUCACCGACCUCUACCAGCGGCCGAAUAAUCAGUGCAUCCUGGUGGUUCUUUAGUCUCAUCAUUAUUUCCAUUUACACGGCCAACCUUGCUGCAUUUUUAACUAUUUCAAAUGCUCAUAUACCAAUUAGUUCUGCAGCAGAUCUAGCAGGGCAAAAUGAAUACAAUUACGGGACUGUUGAAGGUGGUCAAAUAGAGUCGUUCUUUAAUCAUACAAAAAUAAGCAACUAUCAACAGAUGCGGGCAUACAUGAUGAUAUACAACCCUUCUUCAAAAGUGAGACGAGUGGAACAAGGUUUCCAAAGAGCAAUGACUGAAAAAUAUGCCUUUAUCUGGGACUCCCCUACAGUGCGACACGAGACAGCCAAUAAUUGUGAUUUAAUGGAAAUUGGUUCGCCUUUCGAUUUGAAGGGGUAUGGAAUUGCCUCUCAGAAGGACUCAUUGUAUUCUGAAAAGCUGUCAAUGGCUGUCCUGUCUCUCAAUGAUAAUGGAAUCCUAUAUCGCCUGGAAGGAAAGUGGUGGCGUCGGCCUAAUUGUCCCGAUCCCAGAUCAAACGCCAAAAGCAAAGAAAUUGAGAUUGAAGUAGCGUCUGGAAUGUUUAUAGUGUUGCUUUGUGGUAUCGCGCUUUCAGCAAUUGUAUGUGUCAUACAAUACAUUGCACAGAAACGAUGUAUGCGAUGCAGAGACUUGUUCGAGCCCGUUCCAACGUCUGACUUGCAGAGCAAUCAUAAUCACACAACCACUCCUUUUGAGGACCGCAUAGACCACACUGCGAUAGUUUUAUCCCGUACGUUGAGUAUAGGUGAAAACAACGCCAUGUCGAAUAAAUGGGAAAACAUCAGCGCGUGUCCAAACGCAUUUGUAAAGUGAUUUGAGUUGGCGUUUGUUAAAUUGACAAUAGACAAAAGUUGCGGUUAAUGUAAAAACGAUUUCAAUUGCUGUCAAUGAUAUUUUUCAUAUUGUCCGUGCAUGAAUAGUAUUCCUUCAAAAUGGUUUAAAUGCUGGCAUUGUAUGACACGGUACAUACUAAGGUGAAUAGUUUGUGAAGUCAAACAAAUCAGAAAUUCUCUAAAAACGUGUAGUUGUUGUUUAUCCAGAAGCGCCUAUUGUGAAAGUUUGCCCUGUAUCAAUGGAUUUUUUUUAUUGUGUACAGUCAUAAUUAUAGGAUUUUUAAUAACUUAGUGCUUCCCAAUAUGCAUGCGUUGUAUUGUAUUCUUUGUUUGUUUGUAUAGACACUUUAACAGGCUUUCAUUAUAUUCGAUUUUUUCUGUCAUGUAGAUGUGAACCACACGAGCCGGUUUGUUUCGUUUAUCUAUAAUUGCAGAAUUAUAUCCAUACAACAUACCUAUGCAAAUGUUAGUAUUGAUGAUUCUAACAGGAAUAAGUGUAAACCGAAAUCUUAUGAAUCAUAUCAGACUGUAUCCAUCUACACACAAUCUGUUUGAUUGUAGUCAUGACCAGGUUCAUUUUUGGCAAAUUGCUAUUUUCAUAGUAACACGCAAAGGUCUAAUUUAAGUACAAAUGUUGAUUCAAAUACUUAUUUCAGCAGCAUUUAAUAAGUAUGUUUAUGAUUAAUACAAUCACCAAGACCAAUUAAUUACAGUGGUAUUGCAAGUGUUAAGGUUAUACAAUUAAAUGUAUGGUCAAACUAGACUGCAAUAAAAUGUAUUAAUCCACUACGAAAUAUCGGCCUCUAUAAUACUGCUGCAAGUUUAACCAUGCAUCCGUGUGUUUCUCAACGGUGGAUGUAAUUGUGUAUACAACGGGAGUCCAUUACACAAUACUAUAAUACGUUUUUUUUAAAAGUAUGUCUUUAAUGUAUGAGCACAUGAUCGUCAAUUUGUUUUCAUAGUCCCAGACUAAAGCGCGAUUUUUCCUGUCGUAAUGCAUUUAAUAGGAUUGUGUAUAGAUGUUAUGUCCCAAGCGUCUUUUAUGUUUUGAGUGUCAUGAAUAUUUCGUUUCUUUGUGAGUUGUACAUUAAUAUAUUAUGGUCCUACCUAUUUUAGUUUAAUAUUUUAAAGUUUGAUCAUGUAGAAGUAUGUAACACAUUUAUACAGAUCAAUUAUAAAAUAUCUAAGGUAUGUUUUAUUGUAAAUUGUCAUGUGACAUGAGACGGACAUAUUUUACGUCUUAUCGCAUGAAAGCUGUAUUAAUUAAAUCAGUCAUUGUAGUUUGAAUUUGUUUAUAGUAUUGAUAAUCUCCAGUGAAUAAAUAUUGUUGGCAUAUACACGCAUCUGUGUUGCAAGUGAAAUGAUUCCAAUGGUAUCUUUAUCCUAAGUGUGAUUCAAAUAAGUGAUUUUGUCCAAAUGUUUGAAAAUCUGCAAUAUUUUGAGACAUGUACGUGCAAUUAAGUGUAGGCAUUCAAACUUCCUUGUUAAAUUGCGUUGUAUACUCUUUGCGUCAAUAUAUAUGUCAUUUAGAAGUUGUACACUAGUACAUUAAUCAUCUGUCGACUGUUUUUUUUCUCGGUUCGAUAAAAUAGACCGAGGCUCUCAAGGAAAUCAAUAUUUGUAUACUGUUGACAGCCCCCUAAUCAAACCGGAAAAACGAUCGGUAGCGAUGCGUGCAAUUUUUUUUAUAUUCCGAUGAAUACCUUAACUAAGUUACUUGUAGUAAUCGGUAUCAACUACAAGGGACCAGAUAGAAUUCCUAUGUUUAACUCUCAAAAGUCUAUCUGACCUCUUCAAUCGCUAGGCAAUGACGUAAUUAAUUAUACACAUCAAACUGACGUAAUUAUACCAUGGUUAUUUUCUACAUUAUCUCAUUUUUAUUUUCUGAUUGAUACAUGACGUGUUGCACUCUUGAAUUGUUAUUAUGUUCUUUAGGAUUGUAACAAUGGGAACUUCUACAUAAUACAUGUACACUUAAAUGGUUUGAUCAUGUGAAACGUUAUUCCAGUCGACUUCGGAAUCUUGCAAUACAAUGUAAGACUAAAUAACUGUUGCGAAACAAACCACCGGAACAGACAGAUGUGUAUUAUUAACACAUCAUAUCUAUAUAAUGUAUAAGGUUAUACCGCAUAUGACCUAUGAUUAUACCGCCUAUGUCAUAUGGUUAUACCGCCUAUGGCCUAUUGUUAUACUGCCUAUGGUCUAUGUUUAUAUCGCCUUUGGCAUAUGGUUAUAUUAAAUAUGGGCAAUGGUUAUACCGCCUAUGGUUCAUGUUUAUACCGCCUUUGUCAUCGGGUAAACAGUUCAUAAGUCAUAUUUUCCUGCUCGUGAUAAAGGUUUAUGUUGUCUUACAAAUGUCCGUGAAAUAAAUGUAUUUUAUAUGUUCACACAUGUAUUUAUCUCUUUUGUUUCGAGGACAAAUGCAAACAGAAUGUGACACCAGUUUUUGAUUUCCUGUUAUGAACACAUACUUCUGAUCAUAAUUUAUCUGUAAGAUAUUUAGUUUGUGAUUGUGCUGCUAUUUAUUUAACAAAUAAUUUGUGUACAUAUUAUAUUGUUAGUUCUUCAAUAAUCGUGUUUAUGUAUAUACAUUAUAAUGCCCUGCUGAACACACGUUUGCAUAAGAAAUA